UCGCUAGCUACAUGCUAACGAACGUGUAUAACUGUGAGCGAUGAAAAAAGGGCGCGUAAAAUGCCGCUGCCAAAACGAAAAGGACCCCUGCAGCAGGCCCACCGAGAUGUGGACGACAUUAAAGGGAAGUUGGACAGUCUGCUGAAAGAUGUUCAAAGUAAAGCUGAAACCAAAGAAGAGUCCUUUCGGAGAUGUCAAGAGCUCCAAAUAUCAGCAGAGAAGACAUUCAAGAAUCUAACAAAACUGACCAAGGCUGACGAGCUUGCUCCAGUGGGGAACUACGACCAGAGGAAACUGGAGGAGGAAGGACGACUGCAGAACAUCCUGGAGCAGAUAGACGACCUCUCUCAGAAUCUGUCGCCACCAGGACCCAGCACUGAACCACAAGGAGGUGACGAGUUAAAUGAUAAAGAUAGCGAGAAAAGCCUGGAGGACAGCGAAGAGGUUGACAGCGAUGAAGAUGUUGAAGACAAAAGUGGCCAGGACGAGAGUCCAGCUCCCGAACUGUCCCCUCCGUCAGAGCCUUGCAUCUACACGGCGCUCAGUGAUUUUAAAGGGGACCAGGAAGGAGAUUUGUCUGUUCAGAAGGGGGAAAAAUUGAAUAUCAUCCGGAAGACGAGUGAUGGUUGGUGGGUGGCCGAGAACUCGAAAGGCGACAGAGGAGUGGUGCCGAGAACCUACCUGAAGAUUGGUUCUGGUAUCAGCGACGACAACAAGGAGCACGACGACGACGAAGAAGAAGAAGAGGAGGAGGAAGGAGAAGAAGAAGAGGACGGAGAAGAGGAGCCUGAAGAGAAUGAGGGAGUUGAUUCAGAAGAGCUGGACGACGAAGAGAACGAUGUUCCACGGUCCAGCUGGUCCAUGUUCAGAAAAGCCCUGACUGAGAUUGAUGCUACAGAUGUGCUCUCCGCCAUGGGCGCCAUACCUUCUGGGUUCAGAUCAUCCACUCUAAGUAAGCUGCUGGUGGAGGAAGGUGCCAAAUACAGAGGGAGUCGUCAUAUGCUGCCUCAGCUCAGCCAAUCACAGCUCUCCUUCAAAGAUCUAUUCUUGGAGCCCGACACCGGCAAGGUUCGCUCGCGACACAUCAAGACGUGCGUUUGUUUUACUCUGUGGAGCUGCAAGCGGAUCCCCACGCCCGGAGUCGGAGUCCAGGUCCUCAGUAGACACAUGCGCCUCUGCGCCUAUGACGGAACCCAGGUGCUGAGCAACAUCCACACAGUGCGGGCCAGCUACAGCCCCAAGCACCCCAAGACCUGGACUUUCUCACCGCGGAAGUCAGGGCUUCUCCGUAGAUUCAUACGAGGCAAACCCCCAAUGUGUUUGUCCCAGACGGCAGGCCUUCUGCCCACCCUGCUUGACGGAGACUGCUUCCUGCGCUGUAACUCGGACAACUCCGACCUCGGCCUCCUCUUCGAACUCGGAGUCACCUUCAUACGCAACUCUACGGGUGAGCGGGGCGACCUCAGCUGUGGAUGGGCUUUCCUCAAACUGAGAGACGCUGCUGGAAAUCCAAUACCUAACAGGACGUAUGAGCUUCUGGUGAACGGUGGUACUCCUUAUGAGAAGGAUGUGAGGGUGGAAGGCUCGCUGACUAAAGGAUCGCCAUCAAGUGUUUUCCAGCAGAUACUGCAGGCCAGACGCCAGCCCCUACUCAUUGUAAAGUUCAAGUCGCCAAGCAGCCACAUCAAAAGGAAACUCAAUCUCCUCCCGGACACGCUGCUGUACUGUCUGAGCUGCGUUCAACUGUUGGUGAGGCAAAGGCAGCUGCUAGCCGAUGCCCUGCUGGUGGACCGGCCCACCAUGCAGAACGCAGAUUUAAUCUGCAGUCCUGUGCUGUCUACUUUCUCCACGCUUGUGGACCAACCUGACCUGUUGGAUGCUGUCAGGAUUGCUUGGAUGGAUACAGAAAGCAAAAUGAGUCGAGCACAGAAGCGAGACACGGCCGCUGUGAAGCAGGAGUUCUUCAAAGUCUACAUGGCGUCGGCGUACUUCAUCCUCCACUCGCCCUCUCUGCCGACCUACCGCUGGGCCGAUCCCGCCUCGGAGGAGCAGCGAUCCCGCUUCAUCUUAUCCACGCUGGAAGCUAUCAAGCAAGCCAGCGGCCAGUCGGGGAGCCAGGUGGCUUUUGCCGACUCUGCGGCGCAGGAGCAGCUGGCUUUUGAUGUCUCAGAGAUGACCUUCGACCUCCUACAAGCCACACGGUAGAAAACGAGAAUUAUUUUUGUUGUUUUUAUUAAAAUAUUAAGCUGGUAAUAUCCUGACACUGUGGUCACUGUGGGGCCUAAAGGUACCUUGUUGUGCAAUACUAAGGUAGUCAAAUAACACAUUAUUCGUGCGCUAAUUGCUAGCUAUAAAUGCUAACAUAAACAUGAUAACAUUAAGAUUCCCUAAUGUUUUUAUUUUAAACCUGCCAGGUACAGGGAGUUGUCAUUCCACAUUGCUCAGACCAAAUGUGGAGAUGUGUUAUUGAUGAGGCAGGAGUUGAAGAUGAAGCGCAUCACAAAGUUAUUACGCCAAAAGUUGGUCAACUUCAGAUUCUUUAUUGAUCACUACAACAUAACCUCCACUGUAAUACGUACAAGACAUAAAUAAGAAUACAUUUAACACUUAAUUUAGGCCAAACAUAUAUAAAAUAUACUUACCAUUGAUUAAAACAAAUGUUUUAAGUCUGCGAGCUGCCAUAUUUAAAGCGCAAUGUAACAAGCUACAACUAUGUUUACUUUUACAGCUUCUAUGUACAAAACCCAAAACCAGUGAAGUUGGCACGUUGUGUAAAUCGUAAAAAAAAAAAAUAUAUAUAUAUACACCAUAUUUUUCUGACUUUAAGUCGCAGUUUUUUUCAUAGUUUGGCCGGGGGUGCGACUUAUACUCAGGAGCGACUUAUUUGUGAAAUUAUUAACACAUUACCGUAAAAUAUCAAAUAAUAUUAUUUAGCUCAUUCAAGUAAGAGACUAGACCAGGGGUCGUCAACCCGCGGCUCUAGAGCCGCAUGCGGCUCUUUAGCGCCGCCCUAGUGGCUCUCUGGAGCUUUUUCAAAAAUGUAUGAAAAAUGGAAAAAGAUGAGGGGAAAAAUAUAUAUUUUUUGUUUUAAUAUGGUUUCUGUAGGAGGACAAACAUGACACAAACCUCCCUAAUUGUUAUAAAUCACACUGUUUAUAUUAAACAUGCUUCACUGACUCAAGUAUUUGGCGAGCGCCGUUUUGUCCUACUAAUUUUGGCGGUCCUUGAACUCACCGUAGUUUGUUUACAUGUAUAACUUUCUCCGACUUUCGAGGACGUGUUUUAUGCCACUUCUUUUUCUGUCUCAUUUUGUCCACCAAACUUUUAACGUUCUGCAUGAAUGCACAAAGGUGAGUUUUGUUGAUGUUAUUGACUUGUGUGGAGUGCUAAUCAGACAUAUUUGGUCACUGCAAGACUGCGAGCUAAUCGAUGCUAACAUGCUAUUUAGGCUAGCUAUAUGUACAUAUUGCAUCAUUAUGCCUAAUUUGUAGCUAUAUUUGAGGUCAUUUCGUUUCCUUUAAGUCAUCUCAAUUCAAUGUAUAUCUCAUGACACACUAUCUGUAUGUAAUAUGGCUUUUAAUUUGUUGCGGCUCCAGACAGAUUUGUUUUUGUAUUUUUGGUCCAAUAUGGCUCUUUCAACAUUUUGGGUUGCCGACCCCUGGACUAGACGUAUAAGAUUUCAUGGGAUUUAGCGAUUAGGAGUGACAGAUUGUUUGGUAAACGUAUAGCAUGUUCUAUAUGUUAUAGUUAUUUGAUUGACUCUUACCAUAAUGUUACGUUAACAUACCAGGCACGUUCUCAGUUGGUUAUUUAUGCCUCAUAUAACGUACACUUAUUCAGCCUGUUGUUCGCUAUUCUUUAUUUUAAAUUGCCUUUCAAAUGUCUAUUCUUGGUGUUGGGUUUUAUCAAAUACAUUUCCCCCAAAAAUGCGACUUAUACUCCAGUGCGACUUAUAUAUGUUUUUUUCCUUCUUUAUUAUACAUUUUCGGCCGGUGCGAUUUAUACUCCGGAGCAAAUCCUUUUCAACCUAUAUUCAAUUGAAUAAACUGCAAAAACAAGAACUGUUCAACUUUAUUUUUUGCAAAUAUUAGCUCGUUUAGAAUUUGAUGCCUGCAACGUGUUUCAAAAAAGCUGGCACAAGUGGUAAAAAAGACUGAGACAGUUGAGGAACGCUCAUCAAACACUUAUUUGGAACAUCCCACAGGUGAGCAGGCUAAUUGGGAACAGGUGGGGGCCAUGAUUGGGUAUAAAAGCAGCUUCCGUGAAAUGCUCAGUCAUUCACAAACAAGGAUGGGGCGAGGGUCACCACUUUGUCAACAAAUGCGUGAGCAAAUUGUCCAACAUUUUAGAACAACAUUUCUCAACCAGCUAUUGCAAGGAAUUUAGGGAUUUCACCAUCUACGGUCCGUAAUAUCAUCAAAAGGUUCAGAGAAUCUGGAGAAAUCACUGCACGUAAGCGGCUAAGCCCGUGACCUUCGAUCCCUCAGGCGGUACUGCAUCAACAAGCGACAUCGGUGUGUAAAGGAUAUCACCACAUGGGCUCAGGAACACUUCAGAAAACCACUGUCAGUAACUACAGUUGGUCGCUACAUCUGUAAGUGCAAGUUAAAACUCUACUAUGCAAAGCCAAAGUCAUUUCUCAACAACACCCAGAAACGCCGCCGGCUUUGCUGGGCCCGAGCUCAUCUAAGAUGGACUGAUGCAAAGUGGAAAAGUGUUCUGUGGUCUGACGAGUCCACAUUUCAAAUUGUUUUUGGAAACUGUGGACGUCGUGUCCUCCGGAACAAAGAGGAAAAGGCGCUAAGUUGAAAAGCCAGCAUCUGUGAUGGUAUGGUUAAAGUUAAGUUAAAGUACCAAUGAUUGUCACACACACACUAGGUGUGGUGAAAUUUGUCCUCUGCAUUUGACCCCUCCAAUGGGGGUGUAUUAGUGCCCAAGGCAUGGGUAACUUACACAUCUGUGAAGGCACCAUUA